AUGGCAUUAAGCUGUCUUUCUCGUUUAAUAUGGGAGCAGAUAAUGAGCUGUUUGCCACCAGUGCACUUUUAUGAAGCCCGUUGUAUCAUUGGGGAAGAUCUUAUUGAUCAGACAUUGGAAUUAAAAUCUGAAAUUCUUCAAAUUGCUCAACUGACUUUGAAAGAAGAAUCUGAACUUGAAUAUUACACUCAAAAAAUAAGAAAUGCUAUACUUGCAGAAAUCUCACAUUUGAAAACUUACUUACAAAAUAUUCAGAAUUCUCUUUUGGAAAACUUUAGUACAUUAAAUCAUGAACAGGAAAAUAUCAGUCAAACCCUUCAAGUAGAUUCAAUAUCAUCCAAACCAAAACCAGUUCACAACAAUUCAGUAACUAACCAGAAACUGUCUUGCGGUUUAGAGUUCCUCCUUAGUCAAAAUUUAAUUAAUGGGUUACUUAGCAAUUCAAAUGUUCCUUGUUCAUCAGUUUCAUUGUCAAAUCGAUCAUCAAGUGACACUUCCUCUUCUUCAUCCUUAUCCAGUAAAUUUAAGAGACAAUCAGUUCAUGAUUCGUUGUCUCUUCAUCAGAUUUCGAAUCAUUGUAGACAAAUGCAAAUGUUGUCUUUAGAAAAUAACAAAGCUAUUACAAAUAGUAAUAAUGUCCUACGGAAAUCAAUAACUACCUACAAAUUAUCCACCUCAGAGACAAAACAAUUACAAAAUGAUACAAAUCAAAAAUUUGAUGAACAAAUUCAUUUACCUGAUAUUUCAAGUUCAUUAACAUCAAAUUCAUUUAAACAAUUAAAACAAAAUUCUUAUUCAAUCAAUAAAUCUCAAUUAACCAAUCAAAAUGUUUUAUAUAAAUCAGAUUCAAAUCAAUUAUGUAAUAUAAAACAAAUAUAUUCUAAUGAUAAUCGUUAUAAUUCAGCGCAAAAAUUUCGACAAAUGAUAUUAAAAGCGCGUCAAGAUAGCGGAAAUUAUUAA